GAGCGUUUACUAUUGCUGAUGCGUUCAAUCACUGCAGGAUUCCUGUGCAGCUCUGAAUGUACAGAAAAUAAAUCAGAUAACCUAAGCCUUGACAUGACCGCCAAUUAAAUUCUUAAGAUGCAAACUGAGAACACCACGGAGGGAAACGGUGCAGAAUUUCAAGGCCUUUUUUUUUUUCUUUCUUCCUAAAGCUGCACCACUCUCUGCUUCCUUGCUGUUUAAAUUCCAAGCACACACAAGCUAUUACAACCAGUGAAGCACGCAAACCACCCCUGUGGCACCAGUGGCAAAGUCUGACAGCGAUAGGCACCGUGCCAACCAUGACGGAAGGCUUUCUGCUCUGGAGCUGAUGUCAUCGAAUGCCGGGGGGCAUAUCUGUGGCUAUUUUGUUGCUUUUUUUUUUCCCCCCCUGCAUAAAAUCUCAUUUCACUGUCCCUUUGUCCUUGGAGAACCUUGAGGCUGUGACUGAAUGGAUUUGCAGUGAUUGAAUCAAGUGUGCUUAACCCAUUUAUGUGCCACCAAAUCAGAUCAGGCAGAGAAAUCUGUCAGUAUUCAUACAAUCACUCGCUGAUUGAUUCCUGUGAUAUUAUUAGCAGGCAGGAGCGAGGUAGAUAAAUCUGUUUGCAGUGCAGCCUUUUUUUUUUCCUCUCCCUUAUCACGUCUUAUCUGGAUUAUCUUACAGGGGCACGAACAUGGCGCAGACAUGUCAGUUAAUGAGAUCAAAUGAUAUUUUUGACCUUUGGGUGUCCGGUUAAGUGUCUGAUCUGAUGCCUGCUGUGAUAAAUCAGGUGCUAAUGGAUAGAUAAAACGCGAUCGCUCGCUCCUCUCCGACUGCAGCCUCCCUUCAUUUUGUUCUUAUGUGUUUAACUAAUCAAAGAGCUCAAUUAGGCCAUAUUCAUGUGUGGAGUUAAUCCAAUCCAGCCCUGUGUUGUUGUUGCCCCUGUUCGACUUUAAGAGAGCUCUAUGGGCGGUCCUUGCGCGCAGACCAAUGAAUCGCCUUCUCUGUUUAAAUAGUCCUUGAUGUCAACUUUUCUUCUUCACUCAUAGCUCCCUCUAACGCCAUGUUGGCUGUUAUGACUUGACUUGUUGUUUUCAUCUGCCUUACUACGGACUUGACAGGAGUGGCUUUCUUAAACCCCCCCGCCCCCCCUCCCUGCGCCUUUUUGGAGACGCUUUAUUCUGUUUUUUUGCGCGUACGCGUUUUGGAUGAUACGCGCGGAGCAUGCAUGCAUCACUCGCCUGCAUUUGAAAGGAAUACUGCUUUGGGAAUAGAAGAGUUGGAAGAGGUCGUUGCUUGUGUGCUCUUUUUUAUUUCCUUGUCAUAUGUGCAACAAAAUGUCAGAUGUUCGCCUUUCCAACGCGAGCCCGACGGUGGAGAGGGUGGAUGCGCGGCAGCAGGACAACGUCAGACCUCCGGUUCGCAGAAGUCUUUUCGGCUCACCUGACCGAGAGGAGAUACGGAGGUAUUUGGACGCUGCGAUCCAGUCAGACGUGCAGGAUUUUCGGGAGACGUACAAUUUCGACCCCGUCGAGGAGAGACCGCUCACUCCGCGCAACUACGAGUGGCAGGCGGACGACGACGCACCGGAUUUUUAUCGCAGACCGCCUCACGGGUGCCAGCGGCCCCGGCGAGACGCGGACUCUCCCGGGGAGGGCAGUCAGCGGGAUGCGGAGGGGAGCAGCGAGGGGCGGUCGGGUCGCCAACCAGAGAGCGGCGGCGCCAGGAAAAGACGAUCGGUGUCUCCAGGUCCCAGCUCGGGAGAGUGUCCGAGCAAAAGGUCGAAUACCGACGAAGACGACGAUGAUGAAGACGAGUCGGACGGUGGAGCGAGUCAGGCGGCGGUAAGAGCCGCGGAGGAGGAGGAGGAGGAGGAGGGGGAGGAGAGAGCGAGCGGGCCGGGGAGCAGCGCGGAGGUCCGGUGAAAAAAGUAAAAGAGCGGGGGAAGACCUGUCGCUGGUGGAAUACUGUAGCCCUUUCUCAUCAUCUGACAGAUGGGAGAGAAAAGAAAAAAAAAAAUCUCUAUAUAUAUAUAUAAAAAAAAAGCAGCCUUUUCCUACAAGAAGGGAGGAGGAGAGGCUGCACAAGCACUGAAUAUGUACACUAUCAAGUUUUGGCACUCAUUUCAGAUUUAAAAUUGCCUCAGAAGCAGCAGACAAUGUAGCAGUGUGCAAAUGGAUUUUUGCUCAUUUUCUUUUUUCUUUUUUUUUUUUUAUCUACUACCUAUGUUUCAGAUGUAGCACAUAAUAAAAAAAAAAAAGCAUAUUAUGCUUUUCAUACUUUUUUUUGUUAAAUGUAUUUGUGUGAAUUUGACUCGGGAAGUUGCAGUGCAAUUUCCAACAGAGAAAUAUUAUUUUGUUAAAGUGGUCAUGUUAUAUCAUGUUCAGGUAAAUUGAUCUAAGUUAAAAAUGCAGAUUUCAAACGUCAGGGUUAUGUGGAAACAAAAUGUCUUCUUUGUCUUUCUUCUUCUAUGGCUUUAUUUGUCCCAGUGCUUAUAUUAUUGUCUUUUUUUUUGUUUUUUGAAGGCCCAGAUGGCCACACUGUAAGUUGAGGGUCCAUCUAACUGGGAACAGCCAUGACAGAUAAAGUUUACAUGCAAAUAUUGUCUCCUUAUUUCCCCAUUUGUAUUUCUUUCCUUUUUUUUAUUUUUUAAUUUUCCUGGGGUUUUUUGCCAAAGUUUGUACCUUUUUGUUCUGGGGCUGGGGGGAGGGGUGGGAGGGUGGCUAAACUGCUGAGCAAUAUCCAACCAAAUUUUAUAACAGUAUUUGCUAAUAAUCCUAAGAAUUAGCUUUUUACUUUUUAAAUUAGGUGAGUUCAUAUAUUAUUUUUUUUGGUGGCUUUUAGGUCACACAUCCCCGCCCCCCCUUUGUAAUAAGUGGUGUAGUCCAGGCUAACAUAGAUAAAAUAUGUUGAAAAUCGCUGGGCUACUUAUGCAAAUAUGUGAAUCAAAGAUUUGUGGUGUGGAAUUCAUGUGGAACAUGUAAUUGCACUAUUGUUAAUUUCUUUCUUCUUUUUUUUUUUUUUUAAAAAGGCAGAAAUACAAAGUUACACUGCCUCAUUUGGUGUAAAACUUUGAAGUGUACCUGUGUGCCUUUUUACUUUUUUUUUUUGAAAAACACUGAAAAAAUUAUACUAACUUAUUUAUGUUGAGCUUUUUUUUUGUUGUGGGUGUAUGUAUAGCUUCCCAAAGCGACAUUUUUGUAAAUAUAUAUUUUCAUUAUUGUUUUUAAGAUAAAUAAAAUGUUGCAAAACUGAGCCUAAUAAUCGAUUUUA